AUGAGUUCCGUUACAUAUACAGUUUCACAUUCUGACGAAGAGUUCUCGAAAACUUUAAGAGACGAAAAUAUUAAUACUUUAAGACGUCCUGUUAAGGGUUUUAUAUUUCUUCAAAAGGCUCGAAGACCUGGAGCUUUGGUAAAUGUCAUUGGAGUGGUUGUAGCAUGUACUCCAAAAAGAAAAUCGAACGGGACAGAUUACACAUGUUCUCUUGUAAUUAUAGAUCCAUCUAUACCCCUUAAUGCUAAGGGAAUCACCGUUAAUGUAUUCAGGUCUCUAAUUGAUCAAUUGCCAGACUUGAGCGUUGGCAAUAUUUUUGUAGGAAAAAAUCUAAGGAUUCAAACAUUUUAUGAAACCACACAACUUGUGGCAACAAAAGAAGGUUCUACGUUUAAGGUUAUAGACGAUAUCACAGAACGAGAUCAUAAGUUUCCCUUUAGUAUGCGGCCGCACGCCAAAGAAAUUAUGGAAUACUCCGGCUACUUGCGACGAUGGUGUACAUCCUCAUCGAAUUCAAGGCAUGGUGAUUACACUUCAAUAACCUCGUCUAGAAAAAGGAUAAAGAUUCAGGAGCUUCUUCCUGGUAUAUUUUUUGAUUUAAUUGCUGAGAUUGUAAUGGUUUGUUCUGCGGAAUUCAAGGUAGAUCUUUACGUUACCGAUUUUACCGAGAACAAACUUCUUGGUAAUCAAGAAUAUAGACCAAAAACACCCUAUGGUCUUUGUAGUAGAAACAUUUUACAAAUCACUUUAUGGGAUGAACACGUCGAAGACGGAGAAAAACUUCCGAUAGGAACAUUUGUUCUUCUACGGAAUCUACAUUCGAAAAGAAAUACCAACGACGAUCUCGUGGCCUUUUUACAUGGUGAUAGAGAGUUCAGGAACAAAAAGAUUAUUAUACUAGACGAGCAAGAUGCUGGCGUUAAAGAGAUUAUUAGCCGAAGAAGCGCAUUUUGUGCACAAAAGACGCAGAAGGUUUUAGAACCAAUUGAAAGAAGCUCUUGUCCUGAGCUAGAGCAUGAUUACACGGAACAAUCAAUAACGAGAAUUAUAUGCGGUAAAGAAAUAGAACUUACAGAAAUUGAUGACAUAAAAGUUCACCCUGAGCCUGCAAAUUUUUUUCGGACACGUGGUCGUGUAAUCUCUGUUAUGCCUCCUAAUUUUGAAGAUUUUUCUCAACCAUAUUGUCAUAGAUGUAAUAAAAUAAUACAUAUUAAAGGAUGCGAAAAUUGCACAAAAUGUUCUAGGGGAUUAAAGAGAUUUAAAUACAAAUUUGGUCUAUUAUUUGAGGACGAACUUGGUGUUGGAACUCUUCCAGUUUUAAUAACAAAAGGAGAUGCGAAUACUUUUCUUGAAGGAUUGCCGCCAGUCAAUCUUUAUCAGAAUCAAACGGUUCUUCAAAAAUUAAAAGGGCGAAUGCAAAAACUGUUAGGAAAUGUCUUGGAGAGUCAAGCAGGAUGCGGUCCUUUAAUUGAUUUUUGCGUAAGAACUUAUGAGAUAGAAGAUGAAAAUGGUAAUUUUAAAAGGAUAUACAGAAUGUUUAAUACUGUAUUACAAGAAUAA